AUGCAAUUUUAUGGUUUGCUUCCAGCUCCAAAUCCUUUAGUUUAAGCUGCUGAUCCUGACAUUAAAUAAAAAAUGUAUAAAUGUAAAUGAAUUAGUGGAUAGAUAAAGAAGAAAGAUGUUUAUGAUGAAAAUGAUUCAGCAUUUAACAUGUGGGAUUACUUUAGCUAAAAUAAAGUUAAUUUGAUUUAUCAGCGCUUUGAUAAUUAUCCAUGGUCUAUGAUUCCACUAAAUAAUAAUCGAUUUGCUGCAUCUUGUUUCUUUGAUUGCAAAAAACUGCUUGCUUUAAAUAGAGAAAUAAGAUUAUAAGAAUUUGCAUCUUUAUUAAAUAAUUACCUGUAUCCCUCUACUAUGAAAUAAAAGGAAUAAAAAUAAUUAUAUCUUGAAUAAGAUAGUAAGAAAUAUAAUGGUCUCAAAUUUGAUUCAAAUUUUGAAAGUGGGAACUUGUUUACGUCAUACAGGGUUAGUUUAAAUGAAUAUGAUUUGAUGAUGUAAAAUGACACAAAUACUAAAGGAAACACCUAAUGGUUUUAUUUUUCAGUUGAAAACACAGUGAAAAACAGUGUGGUUACUUUUAAUAUCAUAAACUUUGUAACUUAUAAAUUUUUAUCAAGCCUUGUAGAUAAAAUGCGAUUCAUUAUUUAAUAUGGGGUAACGACCUGUAGUUUUUUCUACAAAAAGCAAUCGAUCAAAAGGAACUGGAUGGGUGAAAGAGGGACAUAAUAUUAUUUACUUUAGGAAUAAAUUUAAACGAGAAAAUAGUUCUCUUAAUACUUAUUACACACUUUCAUUUAGUUAUAAAUUUGAACACUCUAACGAUAAAGUUUAUUUCGCUUAAUGCUAUCCUUAUACUCAUUCCUAAUUGAAUAAUUUUGUAGAAAAAAUACGAACAAAUAAGGUAAAAAAGAAUAAAUAUUUUAGUUUGCUGUUAUAAAAGAGUUAUGUAAGACAAUAUCAAAAUUAUCCUGUCCCUUAAUUAUUAUAGGAAAUGGUAAGAGGGCAAUAAUCUUAUUGGCUCGAUAACAUCCAGGUGAAACCCCUAGUUCAUUUACUAUUGAAGGAUUAACAGAAUUUUUGAUCAGCAAUUCCAUGGAAACAGAAAUCUUGAGGAAUAAUUUUACUUUCUAUAUCAUUCCUAUGAUAAAUCCUGACGGUGUUGUUUUCGGAAAUUAUCGGUGCAACCUUAAUGGGAUUGAUCUCAAUAGAAUAUGGAUUAGUCCUCAUAAAGAAUUGCACGACUCUAUUUGGUAUGUUAGAGAAUUGAUAAAAUAAAUAAAUCAAUCAGCAGAGAUAUGUUUAAUCAUUGAUUUUCAUGGGCAUUCUAAAAAGUAAUAUACCUCUAAAUUUGUUUAGAUUAAACAGUUUUUACUAUGCUAACAGUCUUUGUGAUGAAUAAAAAUUGCUACCUUUGAUUAGUUGUAACCUCUCAAAAAUGAUGAAUUUGCGAGAUUGCUGUUUUAGUAUUCAUGAAAGCAAAAAAAAGACUGCAAGAGUAGCAUUAUAACAAGAAGUCAUAAACGGUUUCACUUACACUUUAGAAAUCUCUUUUCAUGCAUUUCGUAAACUAGGCCCUUAAGAUUUUACUGAAAGUUAUUAUAAAUAAUUAGGUGAAGAUGUAGGAUUAUCAAUAUUUAAAUUAUUCGAAUCUACAAUGGUAAAAUCUAGUAAAUUGCCCAGGACUUUAAAUCAAUAAUUAAAUGAUGAAUUAGAUAACCUAAUUAAACAUUGUGAUCUUAGUAAACUGUAGAUAGGUGAAGAUGAUUCAGGAAGUGAUUCAAAUCCAGAGGAGGAUGUGCUUCAGGAAUAAGAACUCCUUUCAUUUAAUGAAUUAAAAAAAAAACCCAAAUUCGUUUUAUAGGCAAAGAAAAAGCUAAACAAAUUUGAUAAGUCAAUCCAGACUGAUAUUUAACACUAUUAAAAUCUGAUGUUAGAUGAGAAAGUGUUGGAAAAGAUCGCAGAAUAAGUUAGAUCAAUCAGAAAACCUAAUUUUGAUUUCCUUGGAUUUCCGAGCAAUUAAGAAACAAAUCUACAUUAAGAUGUUCCAUUAUAAGACGGAUUUAAAAACUCAUUUUAAUAAACUGACAUUUCUCUUUAGCAAAUCUUAGGUAAAAUGUAAGUAUAUCAUGUAAGAGUUUCUAACAAGUAAAUAAUUCAAUUAUUUAGGAAUUCCAUUUUUUAGAAUUAAUUUACCACUUAAUCAAGCAAACCUAUAGUGAUAGUUCUAAAAAAUCCAUAUUCAAAACAAUAAAUGCAGUCACCAUAACGGUAAACACCAUAAGUCUAAGAAUUAUUAUCAACCAAAAAUAGAAGGAGAAUAACAUCUCUAACAGGAAGAUCCACGAUAGAUUAUAAAGGAUUAUCUCGUGAUAGAAAAUACAGCAUUCAAUAAUCUUAAUAAGAUCGAAAUCAGGCCAUCAGCUUCAUUAAAUAAUAAAUUACACCUUAAAAUUUUUUAACACAAGAGGCAAAUUUUGAGAAAAUUGCAAAUAUUAGUAAAACCAAGGUUUAUGAUAAAUAAAUGCUUAAGAAUUUGUUUUGA